AUGGCUGCUGCCAUGGUGCAUCCCGGUGCCUGGCCGGCGGCGAGGCCCACGAUGGGCGUCACGAUGCCCAACCCCAGAGAAGAGCCGCCGGCAUGGUCCGAGCUGGACGAUAGCCUGCGAGCGGCCCUGCGCUUCCUUGCGUACGAGUGCGACGAUCCUGGGCCAGUUCCUGAGGGCCCUGCUCUGCUGCCGCGCCAGGAGGGCCUGGACGGUGAGAUCAUGCCGCGCAUGACCGUGGUCUUGGAUUUGGACGAGACGCUGUCGCACUGCCGCCUCGAGCCCUUGAAGAGCCUGCAGCCAGACUUCUGCGUCCAUUUCGAGGAGUCCAAGGCCACAGGCUACGUCUACGUGCGGCCAAACGCACGGCUCUUCCUCGAAGUCGCCUCACGGCUCUUCGAGGUGGUGGUGUUCACUGCUUCGUCAAAGUCGUACGCAGACCAGGUGCUGGAUCAACUAGACCCAGACCGACAGCACAUCUCCACCCGCCUCUACCGACAGCACUGUGUGGAGCGUUCUGGGGCUUUCCUCAAGGACCUUCGGCGCAUGGGCCGGCGGAUGGACCGGUGCCUAUUGGUGGACAACUCACCUGUCUCUCUGGCCCUUUGCCCGGACAACGGCGUGGUCGUUUCCAGCUGGACCGCCGAGGACCCGGAUGACAAGGAGCUCAUGGAGCUGCUGCUCAUACUGCAGCAGUGCGACCUGGAGGCUUCCGUUCCUCAGUUCCUGGGCCGGCGCUACGGCUUGCGAGCCAUGGUGGAGCUGCUGCGGCGCCGACCCGAUCUGCUGGAGUGA